UACCAAAUGGAAAUGAUGAGAAGCUUGCGUCAUGUUAACAUAGACCACCUCCAUGUUGGCUGGUACCAGUCAACCUACUAUGGCUCUUUCGUCAGUCGAGCUUUGUUGGACUCCCAGUUUAGUUACCAACACGCAAUUGAAGAGUCUGUGGUCCUCAUCUAUGAUCCUCUUAAAACUGCACAAGGCUCCCUUUCGCUGAAGGCAUACAGGUUGACUCCAAAAUUAAUGGAAGUUUGUAAGGAGAAAGAUUUCACACCUGAAGGGAUAAAGAAGGCACUCAUUACUUCCGAAAAUAUGUUUGAAGAAGUUCCCAUUAUUAUAAAGAAUUCUCAUCUCGUUAAUGUAUUGUUGUGGGAACUCGAAGAAAAAUCAAAUGUGGCUGAGAAACAGGAGCUCCUCAAUCUGGCUAGUGGAAAUCAUCUAGAAAAGAAUCUUCAGUUGUUAAUGGAUAGAGUGGAUGAAAUGAGCCAAGAUAUCAUUAAAUAUAAUACUUACAUGAGGAAUGUAACUAAACAGCAACAACAGAAACAGCAAUACCUACACAGGCGUCAGCUGGAAAAUUCCCAACGACAGAGCCGAGGAGAGGCACCAUUGCCAGAAGAAGACCUGUCCAAGUUAUUCAAACCUCCUCAGCCACCACCAAGGCUUGAAACACUCCUUGUUGCAGGACAAAUCAACACCUACUGCCAGCAGAUCAAGGAGUUUACGUCACAGAGCAUGGGCAAAUUAUUCAUGGCUGAAGCUCUUCAAGGCCACAACAGUUAAAAUCUCAAUUGGAUGUCCUUUCGGUCAAUAUGGUUUUCAAAUCCAAUAAAAUAGCAUUCUUCUGAAAAGAAAAACAGAAGCUGAUUGUUCCUAUAAAUUUUUCUGUUUAGCCCAGCUUGUAUGAAUUCAAUGAAAAUAAAUAUGAAUUUGAUGACUGUA